AUGAAGAGCGAGUCUACCAACUCUGAGCUCGUCAAAGCCAUUAGGGAGUCAAGGAUCGCAGUCGUAAUCCUCUCUAAGAAUUAUGCCUCUUCAUGCUGGUGUCUAAACGAGCUGCAGCUAAUCAUGGAGUGCAGGUUUACUUUAGGACAAACUGUUAUGACAAUAUUCUACGAUGUGGAUCCAUCUGAUGUCAGGAACCAGACAGGAGAUUUCGGUAAGGCCUUUCAGGAAACUUGUGGUGGGAAGACAGAGGAAGAAAAGCAGAGAUGGAGAAAAGCUUUGACUGAAGUUGCGGUUAUUGCUGGAGAACAUUCUGUUUCAUGGUAUAAUGAAGUUAUUUCACCAUNUCACAGGAAUCCUCAAGUCUAUGUCGUUGAUCUUAAAAGAAUCAAGAACUGA